AUGAAGCAAUAUAUCCAGGUAAAACCUUUUGGGGGACUUCUGACCCCCACUCAUCCAUACCUAUCUCUUCGUCAUCAAACUUCCCACCGACUAUCAGGAACCGAACCCCCACGCGCGCUCGCCUCGUCUAAGACUUCAUAUAUGUCGUUUUCGUCAGCAGAGAGCCGUGCAUUUAUUCCUCAGCCUUCUCCUCUCCUGACAGAGGUUGAUCCAGGUCCAAUUCUAUCUAGGGAUGCUCAGGCGCGUCCAGAGCUGAAAGUGAUAAUUCAACCUCCCCUAGCUUCACAAAAUGUCGAGACUGGAACAUGGAGGAGCCAACCCCGGAUUGGUGACUCAGAAUAUCGUCGAAGGUAUCGUUCUGGUCCUAGCCGCCGGAGAGGUGCAACUUCUUUGGGAGAAGCUGGUUCAGAUGCCCCACAGCAAAACCAACCCCCAAGUAUCGGUCACCGGGCAUCAUUCGGUCACGCAAUGCCUGCGGAUCUCAAUUCUAUGAUCUACGUUCCUAAUCUCGAAGAAACGUUUAAUCGCGGGGCAGUCCCACUAAAUGAUAUUAAAGAAGCUUCUGAACGACAAACUAUUACCCCAGAAAACAUUUUGGACCGCUCGCAGACGCCUUUACGGCAGUCCGCACGUCACACAAACCGAGUCGGAACUGGCCGAGUAAGUCAUGAAAACAAUCGUGGCUUCGGGAACACGGCACCUACCCGUCCUCUCUCGGGACAAUUUGACGGGGAAUCUGCCCCUACGGAGGAAACGAAUCCACCACCUAUUGCCAAGACAUUUGUUCGUCCGAUUCCUCCGCUGGAAUUGCUAGACUACCCGGUGGCGGCUGUAUUGGGCCGUGUAGGGAUCGAUAUAGUUGGAGUUGAAGAAAUCUCAUUUUUCCGCAAAACAAUCUUUAUGAGCAUCGCCAGUGAACUUAUAGAUGAUGAGCAUCCACCACCGCCAGCUAUUCUUCUUCCUACAGAUUUUGAUCAGAAAACAUUCUGGAAAGUGAAACCUUCGCGGUCCUUUCUUCCCUUUCGCCUGAACCUACCGCUGAACGUUGGUCCCGGUCCAUUCCAAUCUGUCAGAGCUCGGAUACGAUAUAUCAUUCAUGGGACCGUAAUGUAUACCGUCAACGGUAGAAAGAAUAUAGUCCGCUGUUGCAGGGACAUUCGCGUGAUCUCAGCCUUAGAUCCUGAAAGAGCUCUGUUACCCCUGGAAACCCCGCUACUAACCACUGAAGAGGGCCCGCUGAGGUGGGGAGGGUAUGACACGUUGAAGGUCACGGCAGGCUUGCAUCGUGCGGUGUGGGUUUCUGGAACCGUGGCAUACGUCGACGUGAACAUCGUGAACAAUACACGUAGGAGGGUUAAUACAAUCCGAUUGAAGCUAAGGCGGCAUAUACUAGCUUAUAAAAAUACCGUAGCAUUGGCAGAAAAUAAAUCUGCUGGACAUCUUAGGGUUCCCAGCUGGAUCGAGCAUAAGACACUUGCGCAGUCUGAGUUGAAUGUAGGGAGGCGUUGGAAAGGUGUUAAGGGUAAUCAGUUGGAUGUUGUGACCUGUGAGAUCGAAAUACCAAGAAACCAACUAUCUGUGAAGAUGGGUCGGUUCUUUGAGGUUAAGUAUUUUGUAGAUGUUGCCGUGUGCACUCUUGCGGCGAAAACCAUAAGGUGUCAGCUACCUCUAACUAUUAUUCAUAUGAACUCGCUUGAUAUAAUGCCGAAUCAUCUUUUACAGGUGGCCGAGGCUUUCGGAGAAAAGUACGGCACUGGACGAGGCUACCAAAUCGCAGGACUCAUAUGA